GUCUCAGCCAGAUACAUUCAAUUCAUUAAAAACAGCAAUGUAUUAUGGGAUAAUACGUUGACUCUUGAGGUUUACGGUCGACCUCCAAUGUGCAGUUUCAGUUUUGGCAUGGUAUCUGGGGAGCCAAGCACGAAUAACCCGACAGUGAAUGCCUCUAGUGGAACUAUACCUGAUAAGCGAAGCAAACUAAACAAUCCUGACUCAUGGUGCGCAACGACAUCUGAUACGAACCAGUUUUUUCAAUAUGACUUUGGCAUGGCAAAGGUGAUCAGUGGAUUUGCAAUACAAGGAGAUCCUGUAUUUGAGAAAUGGGUUGAAACUUUCAAAGUUCAAUUUGGGGAUGACGUGUCAUCCCUGUCGACCUACCAGGAAGCAGGGAGCGAUAAGGUAUCAUUUUCAACGCAUUUUACACGUGCUUACAUUUUCCUGCAAAGUAUUCCAAUUUUAUCAGAGGAAGAGUCUGCUUUUUGAAUCUUUUCGUUUUGUUUCAUUUUCCAGAUUUUCACUGGUUGCAAAUCACGUGAUGGAAUUGUUUAUCAUUGGCUCUCAUCCAUUUUAAAAGUACAGUUCCUAAGAAUAGUUCCGUUGAGUUGGAAAACUGCGAUUUGUUUACGGAUGAAUGCCUAUGGUUGCCCAGAUUCAGAAUGCCGUGAUGUUAUUGGCAUUCAAUCUUCAAGCUCAAUUUCCGAUGCCUCGAUGACAUCGUCAACAUCUGCUAAUGGAAAUGGAGCCCACAAAGGGAGGUUUAACGUAGAAUCUGUUUGGGAAGCUUGCCAGUUCGGUUCAUGUUUCCCGAAAGAAUCAACUGGAGCCAAACCAUGGAUUCAAGCAUGUUUAACAACUGUACAGACAAUCAGUUCGAUUGUGAUUCAGGGUCAGGGCAAUGUUGAUAACUUGGCAAAAGCGACAGAAUUCUCGCUAAAGUAUUCUACCGUCGUUUCUGGUACAUUUUUCGGAUACAAGAACAGCAAUUUAUUACAGGUGAGUUUAAUUGUUUUUUUCAUUACACAUUAUUUCGAAAUUCAAUUUUUCUUCCCUUGUUGCAUAAAGUGACUAUAUUUUUUUUAAUUAAAAAAAACGUUCUCAUUAAUGUCUUAUGUGGCCAAUUCCCCGGUAAAUAAAUGGUUAUCUAAUGCUUGCAAGAAUGAUAGGUUAAUGCUAAAUGACAGAUUAUGUGAAAAUGUUAAAAGCUUUGCUGAUCCAGUGUUGUUAUUUUGUGAUUACACUUCCCUUUAAUAUUGGUAGAAAAUGAUAAAAGGAUCUCUCUCUUUUGAUGUGAUUUUUCCUUUUGUUUAUAGAAAUUUGCAGGUGCCGAUGGUCGUUACUCGUCAUCACAGAUAGAUCUACCACAUACAAUAAUAGCCCGUUGUAUUCGCUUGCAAGUCGAAACUCAGUUUCCAAAUAACCUUAAUGUUGGACUGCGUUGGGAAAUGCUUGGAUGUGUCUCAGUUGCCGAAGUGUCUUCGAUCUCCAUUGCACCGUCAAGCCCGUCCUUUGCAAGAAAUGGCGAAUUAACAUUGACAUGCAAGGUAGCAGCGCAGCCUGGCGUUGAAGCAGUUUGGAAAAACAGAAGCAACACUUUGACAUCCACUGGCUUUUAUCAAGUUGGAAACAAUGCCGUAACAAAUGAAAAUAUAAAUGGAGAAACGACCAAAACUUUGAAGAUUACUGCCACACCAAACUCUGUUAUUUACUCGUUUGAAAAUUGUACUGUCACCGAUUCUGCGCAAGGGUUUGUUCAAUGCAAACACACAUUUGGAUGUUCAGCUAUGUAUCCUGGGAUAUCGAGCACUUCAAAAAGUAGCAAUGUGAAUGUUACUGUAACAGGACUCCUGGCUAAACCCUCGACACCAAGCGGCAUGGUAACAAGCUCACUUACCAAUACAACUGCAUUAGUAACAUGGAAUGCUUCAGUCUCGGAUUUUCCUACUGAAAGCUACAAUGUAGUUCUUAAGAAAAAGUCUGAUGGCUCAAAACAGGAAACAAAGAAUAACUUGAAGACAACAGUAGCCUCGUUUACGGGUCUAAGUGCUUACACCGACUACAGGAUCGAGGUUUCUGCAAGAUCAUCGCCUCACAAUAUAAAUUCAGAUACGGGAACCUUUGACUUUAAAACAGACGAAGGAGUGCCCGAUGCUCCAUCGAAUGUUUCUGCAGUUGCACUUUCAUCAACGACAGUUCAAGUCUCGUGGUUUGAACCUGUGUCUCUUCGAGGAAUCCUGUAUGGCUAUAAAGUUAAAUACAAAAUGGUCUCUGCAAGUAGUUACUUCAGCACCAUCUCUACAGGGACUAACACGACGUUGACUAUUUCAUUUCUGCAGCCAUCCAAAGAUUACCAAUUUCAGGUUGCAGCGACAACAAAGGGUGGAACAAAUUUUGGGCAAUGGAGCUCUGUGGCGGCAGUGAAAACACACAAAGAAGAUGGACCACCGAAUUUAGCUGCACGUGAAACCAGAUCGAUUGCUAUUAUUGUCGGCGUCAUAGUGGCAGCAAUCAUCUUCCUUGCCGUUGCUGUUUAAAUUAAGAGAAGCUUUGGAAGGUUUUUCUGCUUUUUAUAAUCGUUGCUUUUAUAAAGUAUUUAUUAUCUCAAAGUAUCCUUGUACAUAUUUACAAAGAAGUAUUAAACUAACAGUUUUCAAGCUGAAAUUGUUUUUGAAGAGCUUAAAUUUAAACAAACAAUACUAAAAUUCAUUGAUUGCAGUAACGUUGGGAAAUGCUGCAAAAUUUACUCGGCAGAUAAGAACAACAACAGAUCUUAUUCUGAGGAAAAUUUCCAGCUCCACAAAUGAUCGUUAUGUUUUUUAAGGAUAUUCACCCUUUAAGACUUGUUUUUAUCGGAACAAAUGAAAAACAAUCCAGUUAAAAUUUUCUUCAAAUUGCUAGAUGCGUUAGGAGUUCUGACGAAAGUUCCAGAUCCGGGAAAAAUCCAGCCUAGAAUAAGCUCUAAACCAACACCGCCCAGCCCCCCCCCUCCAAAAAAAAGUUUUCUGAAACCGGGCCUAGAUUAAGGUAAAGAGAAGAGUAGUAAAUUCGAACGUAUCUUUCACUAAUCCUACAAAGAUUAUGUCUGGUCCACUGGCCUGUUUAGCUCUCUUUGUCUUAUAGUGAUGUGUCGACUGGUUUGGCCACUUAUUUAUGUAAGAGAAUAAUAACUUGGUUCGGUUUAGAUUUCUUCUGUAUUGGGAUCAUUAAAAUUUGGUGUAAUUUUAUAUUGAAAAGUCAAUCUUAUAAAUUUCAAAAAGUAAAUUCCCGCUAUUGAGUAACCUCUACCCUAGAACAGCUUGUUUUAGGAGAAAGUGCUCAAAAGAAUUAGAGAACGAGAAACAAAAUUAGAUUGUAGUUAUAUAACUACAAGAUACUGUACAAAUGCAAACUGCAAACUGCACAAAAAACCUCGUAAA